CUCCGGGUGGUCAGAGGCUCCGCGGGUUCUCCACGCAGGUGACCUGCGCGCUCCGCUCUGCCAUGUCGUCCGGCAGCCGCGUGGCGCUGGUGACCGGGGCCAACAAGGGCAUCGGCUUGGCCAUCGUGCGGGACCUGUGCCGCCACUUCUCGGGGGACGUGGUGCUCACGGCGCGGGACCCGGCGCGGGGCCAGGCGGCCGUGCAGCAGCUGCAGGCCGAGGGCCUGAGCCCGCGCUUCCACCAGCUGGACAUCGACGACCCGCAGAGCAUCCGCGCCCUGCGCGACUUCCUGCGCAGGGAGUACGGGGGCCUGGACGUGCUGGUCAACAACGCGGGUAUAGUUUUUCAGCCUAGUGACCCCACGCCCUUCCAUGUUCAAGCGCACAUGACCAUGAAGACGAACUUUUUCGGCACCCGCGACGUCUGCACAGAGUUACUGCCUCUAGUGAGACCCCAAGGCAGAGUGGUGAAUGUGUCUAGCAUGGAGAGCCUCAGAGUUCUUCAAAGGUGCAGCCCAGAACUACAGCAGAGAUUACACAGCGAGACCAUCACAGAGGAGGAGCUGGUGGGGCUCAUGACCAAGUUUGUGGAAGACACCAAGAAGGAUGUGCACCAGAAAGAGGGCUGGCCAGACGCUAUGUAUGAUACAGACUUGGGGGACAUCAUUAUCAGGUUCAGUAUUGCAUACGGAGUGACAAAGAUAGGCGUUAUAGUCUUGUCCAGAAUCCUUGCUAGGAAGCUCAGUGAGCUGCGGAAAGGAGACAGAAUCCUCCUAAAUGCCUGUACCCCGGGUUGGGUUAGAACUGACAUGGGUGGUCCCAGGGCCCCCAAAAGUCCAGAAGAGGGAGCAGAGACCCCUGUGUACUUGGCCAUUUUGCCCCCAGAUGCUGAGGGGCCUCAUGGACAGUUCGUUUCAGAGAAGAAAGUUGUGCAGUGGUGACCUGGACUCACAGCUCCCUCCUUGUGCCCUCUAUUGUACCUGGUCCUGAUUAAACCCUGGCUUGGUGACUCA